UUCUCAAUAUGAGCGGCCGGUUUUUAUAAACCAUGCAAUGUUUUUACAUGUAGCAGACGCGAGACCGCGUUCGCAUUAACCUGUAGUCUCGAUAUUACAUCACCAGUGACGAAUUUUGCUAUAAUAUUCUCGUGAAACAAUCAUAUUCACAGCUUAGGCAAACAUGGCAGCAGAUAAGGUAUUCCACUCCCGAUCCCAGGGCAUCCCUUCAGAGGGAGUCAAGGACCAGUACGCGGAUGGUAUAGCGGCUCGAAUCUGGAAGAAGUACAUUGGUGAUAGCAACCAAAGAACCCAGAAUUAUAAGGACUUUCUUACUGGCAUUUUGAGAAAACACGGCUGCUCUAACGUGCUAGAUGCUGCAUGUGGUACAGGUAUAGAUUCAAUGAUGCUAGUAGACGAAGGCUUCAAGGUGGUGUCGGUGGACGCAUCAGACAAGAUGCUGAAGCAUGCACUCAAAGCGCGAUGGGAGAAGAGAAAAGAUCCCCGCUAUGAUGAGUGGGUAAUCGAAGAAGCCUCCUGGGAAACACUACCACAAGACAUUGACUCAUUUUUACCAGGCGCUAAAUUUGACGCAGUGAUUUGCUUAGGAAACUCUUUCGCCCAUCUCCUAGAUGAACAUGAGGACCAAAGAACACAAAAGAUGUGCUUAGAGAACUUCGCGAAAGUUCUGAAACCCGGAGGCCUAUUGGUUAUUGACCACAGGAAUUAUGAUGCCAUGAUUGACAGCGGGGCUACACCAGGACAUUCUAUAUACUAUAACAGCAAGUAUCCAGUUGAUAUCAAAACAUCCGUGCUAGUGGUGCGCGGGAAACCUGAACUUGUCGCUUUGGACUACUGCAUCUGCCCCACGGAGAACGGAGAUGUCUCACAGAAGAGCGAGUUUCGUCUCUGCUACUACCCGCACAAACUAAACAAAUUCACACAGAUGUUAGAUGAGGCAUUUAAAAACCGUGCGACACAUGACAUUUACGCAGACUUCAAGGAGCUGUCACAGGUGCCGGAGCCGGCGUAUUACAUCCACGUUAUGAAGAAACUUUAGCUUGUAAAUAGGUUAAAUUUGUUAAUAAAAUUUUUGUUUUAA